AUGCGUAUUGACACAGCAACGGCGCAGUUUCCCAGCUUGUUGGCGCCGGCGGCGGUUGCCCAGUGUUUGGGAAAUGGCACUCAUCCGUCGCUGCGCAAAAACCUUGUGAAUCCCGAGACUGGCGAGUCCUAUCCUCUGGGCAUCACGGUUCCAGCAUGGGCUGCUUCCUACGCCACAAGCUACAUGGCUGGCAUCUUGAUCCAGGACCUGCUGGGCAUCAAUGUCACGUACAGCAUCGUCACCGGGCAGGUUGAAGCGUUUUUCUCGGUGGCGGGCUGCUUGACCCCGAACAAUUCUUCUGACCGGGGCUGUGGCCCUGAAGGGCCAAGUGUCACAUACCAACAUUUGCAGAUGGAAACAUGGUAUGGGAACUAUCCUGCGGUCUGGGCGCAAACUCAGACGUUCGCAACUCCGCCAAAACUCUUGGGCAGCAUGGGAUACGAAGGUACUGAAGAUAUGUACUUCAGUAGCAGGGAACUGAAUGCAGCCUACGAGGCCGAAGGUCUGGCCUUGGACUAUUGGACUGGCUUUGAUGCUACAUGGAAGCAGCCAGGGCUUUACUUCGACCAGCCGAGUGCAGUGAACAGGUCUAUGUUGAAGCCUUGCGCCGACACCAACUUGUACAACGAUCUGAUGAUGUCAGCGUACCUGAGUGCCUCGGGCGACACUGAUGGAGUUGUGGUUCAACCCGAUGGAAAAGUGGUAGGAAAAUGCCCCGGUGAUGGCUACUUCUGGCUCUCUCCUUCAUGCCGCAGCGACCCCACGAAAUGCGUCCUGUAUAUCACUGGUGGAGGCGGCUAUGGUUUGAGCGGUGUGUUGCAGAGGGCAACGAGGUGGAAUAUUCCAUUAGCCUUCGGAGUUGGUGCGACUUGGGGUGAUUUCGUGAGUGUGGCCAACACGAAAAAGAGCAUGUUCUAUUGGUGGACCCCAGAUCCUACCUUCUUGGAGAUGUCUCCUGUGAUGACUAAAUUUCCAGCUCACGACAAGCAAGCGUGGGAACAAGGUGACAUUUCAACAGCAGCCCUUGGUGUGUUCAUUGGUAAGAUCGUGAGCCACGACUUGAGCGCUCUAGCCCCACGGCUUGUUGGCUUUCUGGAUAACAUCCAGAUCGACAUGGACACGAUCAACGCGAUGAUGCUGGACCAGAAGACAUCAGGCGAAGAAUGGGAGCCUGUGAUGUGCCGCUGGCUGCAGAACAAUCCGCAGAUCUGGUCGAGCUGGAUGCCUGAUGACAGCACCUGUUUCCCAAAGUUCGGUAUGUUCAACGAGAUCACUGAGCAGUUUGUGUCCAAUCGAGACGACAAAGAGGGUCUCAGGUGCCGGGCUUGCCCCAGCGGGACGUAUUCCAAACAGCUCUCCGAUGACGAUGGGACAACCUACAUUUGUGAGGCCUGUCCUGCAGGAAGAACCCUAUCACCGGACGUGUAUUUAUCCAUACCUGGUUUCCAAGAAUAUGGCAAAGAGAUGCGACGAGAGGCAGAUGUUCCCAAGGACACGUACAAGCCAACCUUCUGGAGCAACCUUAGCCUGCGAGCCAUGUCUGAAGGGCGAGUACCAAGAUCUGACUGGUCAGCAAACGUGCAAGCGAUGCGAUGUGGGUUACUACCAGGACGAAGAAAGAGGCCCCAUUUGCAAAAGUGCCCAGACAACAGUCGCACACUUCAGAGGGGCUCGUUGUCCUUCACGGACUGCGGUUGUGAAGUCGGUUACAUCAACGUUGCAAAUGUCACCGUAGGCAAUUUGAGUUGCACUGAGUGCCAAGAGGGCCUAACCUGCCCCGUGAUGGGCACGUUGGCAAGUUUGAAGAAUGGAGCUCAUCCCUUGGGCACCAACUACUUGCCUGCAGUUGCCAAGGGCUACUUUGUGACAGAGCUGAAACCUCUGGAGGUCUACCGCUGCGGACACAUCUCUUCAUGUCCUGGUGGGUUGCCCGCGCAGUGCAACAGUGGCUUGAUCGGCGUCCCGUGCGGUGAAUGCCCCGAAGGUUUCAACAUGAGCGAUGGAAAGUGCGAGCAAUGCGACGACUCCUUGGUGGUGCUGUGGGCGCUUGGUACGGUAUUCGUCUUCCUCUUCCUGACAGCUUCGUACUACCUAAUGACCUCAAAAGUGACAGCAAAAGCAUCUGUGCUGUUCACCACCACCUGCGCCUUUGGCAUGCUCAUUUCCUUGCUGCAGAGCAUCGGCAUUAUUGGCACCAUGACGGUCGAGUUUCCGGUGAACAUCUCCUCCUUCUUCGGUUGGUUCUCCAUCCUGCUGCUGGAUCUGGACAACUUCGGCUUCGCAUGCCUUGCGGGAAGCGCAACCGCGCUCCGUUACUCUGCGAGUGUUUUGUUCUUUCCCGCUGGAAUUGCUUGGUACAUGCUGAACUAUGGAGUGAGCCAGCUCGUGCCGAAGCAUCGUUGGGACGCGACCAAGGUUGCAAGCUGCAUGGGGCAGUUCUUGCAGGUGGGCUUCUCCACGAUGAGUGCUACCGCGCUUAUUCCCUUGACGUGCUACACACAUCCCAACAACCAACAGAGUCUCUUGAAGUACCCCAAUGUGAUCUGUGGGACAGACGUGCACGGAGCGAUGCUCGCGAUUGGUGUUGCCUUACUCAUCGUUGGCUCAAGGUUCCGUAGUUCCCCUGUACCUGUUCUUUCAGGUUUCUACGGCACCAUGGCUUGGGCUGCGUGGCUGCGGACGGCAUCACCUUUGCCGCACGUAGUGCCACGUCCGGGUCGUUUGCGUGUUCGAUUCUGCACUAGAGCUGGAGCUAACGUUUGCCUGGGGUUCGUUUCCCCUUCAAGUUGGACUGGACCGGAUUUGGGUACUGCGAAAGGGAGGUAUGGUGGCUCCUGCCGGGCAACUUUUCAUUGGUUGCUGGCCCUUCGGCUCGCCCGGCUCUACCUUGGUCGUUAG